AUGGAACUAACUGGAGCCGCCGUGCACGGGUUUGAACGGCCCCGCCCACCCCCUACCGUGCUACCGACACCAAAGACGAACAUGGCACGGGAUGGCCUCGCCGCGUUCUCGCUCCUCUGGGCCGCGCAGCAGGCGCUGAUCCUCUUCUACACCGGCAUCGCCAGCCCGUUUGACAGGCUGCAGGCGCUGCUGGUUGCAGCCAGCGCACUCUCCUCCGGCUGGCCGCCUGUCCUGUGCGCUGCUCUCGCGGUGCGGAUCUACGCCAACUGCGAGCCGUGGCCCAACGCAUGGGAGUCGCACUUCUGGUGCGCCCAGACCGACGCCGCCCUCCUCCUCUCGCUCGUCGCCCAGCUGCUUUCUGGCUCCGGCGGCGGCCUCUCCAUUUCCCUCUCCAACGCGCAGCGUUCGUUUGCGCUGCGAGACGCGAACCGUGUCGUACGGCUCAACAGCUCCUUCCUCGACCACCGCUACUCCUGCGCCUCGCCGUACGUGGCGCAGCUCCUCACCGCCUACCUGCCGGACACCCUAUCGCUCCCGCUGCUCGCGUCUCUGGUAGCCGCCGCACCCUGCACUGUCGCGCUCGGCGAGUCGGUCCUCAGCCUCGCCCUGCUCGCCGCGGCGGCGGGCGUGGGCGGCAGAGGCACGGCCGUGGCCGGCGUCUGCCUCGCCCUCCUCCUCCACUUCGGCAUCGCCCUCACCCCGCCGCCCAACAACGUCGGCGCCUUCUCCGUGCUGAUGGCGUGCCGCCUCGCGGCCUUCGCCCCUCCCGAGGCGCUCGCGCGUGCCGCAAGCCUGCCUCGCUCUGCCAGCGAGGCCGCGACCUCCUCGGGCGGGGAUGGCUCCGGCGCGGCGGCGGGCGAGGUGGGGCAGAUGUCGAUCAUGUUUGCCGCCGGCGUCGACUGGAGCGUCCCCACCUUUGUCCUGCUCGCCGGCGUGGUGCUGCGAGGGGUGGCCGGAGGGGUGGCGUCGCGAGGGGUGGCGUCUGCUGCCGCCGCCUCGCCCUCGGCCGCCGCAGCCUCGGCCGGCAGUGGCGCAAGCGGCUCGAUCAUGUACUCGAACUUGCGCGUGGUGGGCGGCUCGAACCACCUCCUCCUCCCCACGAACCUGCUCCGCCUGACCGGAGCGGUCGUGCGGCUGCGGACAGGCGACUUCUCCUCCGUCUUCUCGCCGCGCGCCGUCGCCCUCCUGCGAGCCUCGGGCCACUCCGGCCGCCAGUUCAACUUCGCGAUGGGGCGCGCGCUGCCGCCACCGCCCGCGAGAUUCGUGCGGUACACGGCGCGCGGGGCGGGCGAGGCCUUCGCCCUCGAGUACAGCGUGCUCGCCGGGCCCGAGGGGGACGAGGCGUGGCGAGGUUCGUCGGCGGGCGUGCGGCGGGUGAGCGUGUCGGAGGACCCCGCCCGCGGCGUGGCCGAGUGCGUCGUCGUGUCGGCCGAGGGGCGCCCGAGCGGCGCGGCGUGCGAGGACGGCGAGCUCGCGCGGCUACCGCCUCUGCGGGCGUGGGAGCGGGUGUGGGGCGUGUGGAACCCGCACCCGAUCAUCCCGGGCUUGAGCGAGGAGAUGCACUGCUCCGAGUGA